AGAGUUCUUCGCCGUUUACCCUUAUCUUAUUCUUCCUCAUCUUCGGUUCUCUAAAAUCCCAUCUAUCGUUUAGUAGUUGAUCUCUUCCCUUUUACCGAAUCCUGACUGUUCUUUUCCAUGGCGGAGGAAGUUGCAGUGGGUGCCGAAUCAAUUGUCUGCGAGACAAAAGAGGCAUCUACGUUGGAGGAAACAGAGCCCAAAGCGCCUGAAAGGCUUGAAGAAGGGACGCAGGCUGUCUCUGUUGAAGCGUCGGCACUGGAUUCAUCGGAUCAGAAGAGGAAACUAGCGGAUCUGGAGCCUUUUGAGAACGAUGAGGCACCGGCCAAGAAGCAGCAGAUCGACGUCUCGGAUGCCAUUUCAGAAAAUCCUGCUGCUGCAGAAGACGAGGUCAUGGUGACAUCGGAAGUUGACAAGCAGGAUAUUGAAGGUGAAGAAACGGUCGCCUCUGGGCAUCCGGAAACAGAAAAGCCUAUUCCAGGUGAGGAUGCCGCAGCAUCAGAUGGAACGCUAGUUAGUUCUGCUGUUGAUGGGAAUGUUGGUGAGGAACAGCCAGGACACGUUAGAGAGCUUGAUGACGCAGGCCUCGAGCAGGUAAAGUUGGAAGCUGAGCCAGUAGGCAAUGGACAAAUUUCAUCAGCAGAAAACAUCCAGCAUGCUUUUGUGGAUGAUCUACAAAAACCUUCACCUUCAACUCCUCACCAAGGCAGUUUUCCACAUUCUGGACACCAAACUUCAUUUGAUCUCUCAAUUUCACGAAAAAUUGAAGUGCCUAACAAUAAGGUUGGCGUCCUCAUUGGCAAAGCUGGGGAAACUAUUAGGCAUCUGCAAAUAAACUCAGGGGCAAAGAUUCAAAUCACAAGGGAUGGUGACAAUGAUCCACAUUCUCCUAUGCGACAUGUUGAACUGACUGGGACCAUGGAAAACAUCAAUAAGGCAGAACAACUGAUCAAGGAUGUUAUUGCCGAGGUCCAUAAUAUGGCCAAUGCUGGAGGUUCCCCUUCACUUGUGGCUAGGGGGUUCAGUACUCCACAAUCUGGUGGAGAACAGAUAGAGAUGCAAAUUCCAAGUGACAAGGUUGGUAUGAUUAUUGGUAAAGGUGGUGAGACUAUAAAGAACCUGCAAACAAAAACUGGUGCUCGGAUUCAGUUGUUACCACAAAAUCUUCCUAAUGGUGAUACAUCAAAGGAAAGAACGGUCCGAAUAACUGGGUACAUUAAGCAAGUUGAAUCUGCAAGAGAAUUGAUCAAGGAUGUUAUGAUCCAGAAGGGGCCUGCGAGGUCAUCACCACGCUCCAAUACAUACAAUAACCAGCAUUCAUUUCGGCCUCCCCGAGGGCCCGCUCCGGCAGCUCAAUGGGGUCCUCGUGGGGGAAAUCCAACUCAUCAGACAUCUGGUUAUAAUCAUCAGCAGAGAGGUAUGUAUCCACCUCAAACAACACAAUACCCUCAAUCACAUGGUAGUAGUUAUUCGCAACAGCAACCCCCUCCAAGAGGUGGCUGGGAACAUCAGAGACCUGCAGCUCCUGCUCUGCAGAAUACUAAUCCACCUUCUGGAGGCUAUGGUUACUAUAACCACCAAGGUGGUGGUCCUGUCCCUAACACUCAACCCUCAAACCCCUUGCCUGGACCCAUACCUUCUUCGACACCGGCUCCGAUCAACUAUAACUACGGUCAGUCACAAGCUCCAGACGGCUAUGGACAUCAAGCACCCUAUUCACAGCCUCCACCUUCUCAGCAGAACUAUGGACAUGGCUACACUGAACCUAACAUGUACGCUCAACAGCAGCCCAUGGCCUCACAGCCUGCAAUGUAUGGACAACCAUCAGCUACACCAUCAUCAUAUGGCCCCCCUCGAGGGCCUCAGCCCGGCGACUCCAUGUAUCAAGGUCCUCCACCAAGCCAAUAUCCAUCAAAUCCAUCAAUGCAACAGCCAUAUCCAUAUAGUUCCAGUGCUCCUCCUUAUGGCCAUGCAGAUGGGGGGUACUCUCAGCAACCUUCUGCUAGUUAUCCUCAACACGGCGGUCAAAGCGCCGCCGCUGCAGGAUAUGGCCAAGUUGGACAAGCAGCGCCUGUAUCAUAUACUCAGCCUGUUCCUCAGGCCGGCGGUUACAGUCAGUACCCAUCAUCUCAGCCAGGCUAUGGUGAUCAGACAGCGCAGGCUAAUGUGAACUAUGGAUACCAGGGAGGGGCUCCAGAUGCAGGAUACACAGGAAAUGUACCGAGCUCCGGCUAUGCUGUUCCACAAGCUGCUGGCAACCAGACAGUUUAUUCGCAGCCGCAAGCGAAUCCAUCGGGCUAUUAUGAUCAGUCCAUGAUUCCGCAAUCCGGCCAUGGUGCUGUUCCUACUGCUCCAGCUGGGUAUGGAAAUACUGUCUCUGCGCAGGCUGGAUAUGGUGGUCAGUAUGAUGCAACUACGAUGUAUGGUAGUCACCAAUAGUGAUUUACUUAACCUUUUUAGGCUUCAGUGCUGAAUCCUCUGAUAUGUGUUAUGUAAUAGAUUGAGGCGCUUAAUUGGAGAGUAGUAGUGUCAUGUUGUUUUAAAUGUGUAGCAGCUGGAGCUGAAGUUGUUUUUGAAUUUGAACAAGUUGUCUCAGGUAGGGACUAUUGCUAGUAAAUCACUUUAAUUUUAUA